AGCAGGCCCUUGCGGCCGCCGUUUCCCGGCGUGCCCCGCGCGGCGCCCCCCCAUAAAGAUGGCGGCGGCCGCGGGGCCGGGGCUGUAGGGCCGCGCUGGGCACGGCCUCUUUUGCCUUCACAAUGUUUGGGGACUUAUUUGACGAGGAUUUUUCCUUCAUUUCCAACAAUCACUGGGGAAAAGGGAAGACAUCAAAGCCCAGAGAGUGUGAACCUCCAGCUCCCAGGGAUUUCACCAACCUCAGCGGGAUCAAAAACCAGGGUGGGACCUGCUACCUCAAUUCCCUGCUGCAGACUCUGCUUUUCACACCAGAAUUUAGAGAGGCCUUGUUUUCUCUGGGACCUGAGGAACUCGGCACUCUGGAUGACAACAGGAAACCAGAUGCAAAGGUUCGAAUAAUUCCAUUGCAGCUCCAGAGGUUGUUUGCUCAGCUCCUGCUCUUGGACCAACAGGCUGCAUCCACCACAGACCUCACCGAGAGCUUUGGCUGGAACAGCCAUGAGGAGAUGAGGCAACACGAUGUGCAGGAGUUGAACAGGAUCCUGUUCAGUGCUCUGGAGACCUCCCUGGUGGGGACAUCAGGCCAUGACCUCAUCAACCGACUGUACCACGGGAUUGUUGUCAACCACAUUGUGUGCAAGGAGUGCAAGAAUGUCAGUGAGAGACAGGAAGAUUUCUUAGACCUCACGGUGGCAGUCAAAGGUGUUGCUGGCUUGGAGGAGGCCCUGUGGAACAUGUAUGUGGAAGAAGAAUACUUUGAAAAUGACAACUUGUAUCGGUGUGGAGCCUGUGAUAAACUUGUUGAAGCUUCAAAGUCUGCCAAGCUGCGGAAGCUGCCGCCGUUCCUCACCGUGUCCCUGCUGAGGUUCAACUUCGACUUUGAGAAGUGCGAGAGGUACAAGGAGACGAGCUGCUACACCUUCCCCCUGCACAUCGACCUGAGGCCUUUCUGUGAGCAGCCUGAAAUGGAUGAUUCAGAGUACAUGUAUGAGCUCUUCUCUGUUAUUAUACACAAAGGUGGCUGCUAUGGAGGACACUAUCAUGUUUAUAUCAGAGAUGUGGAUGAAUUAGGAAACUGGCAACUACAGGAAGAAGAGGAAAAGCUGAUUGAGGAUAAGGCUGGAAGAGAUGCUGAAAAUUCCAAAGAGACUGAGAAUCCACUGACAGUCUUAAAAGGGAUUUUAGCAGAGGAAGACUCGAAGCAAAUUCCCGUGGAUCAAUUGGGGCAGAAAUUAUUGGAGAAAAAAGGGGUGUCCUGGAAUAAGAAAUACAGGAAACAAUAUGGAGCGUUAAGAAAGUAUUUGCAGCAUCACCCCCAGGUGUUCCAGCUGAGCCCUGAUGCCAACAAGGUUGGCCUGAAGGAAGCCCACGAGCUCCUGGUGGAGCUGGAUUCUCCAGGCCAAGCUCUGCAGAGCCCUCCUCAGAGCAAUGGUGUCCCCUGGAACUCAGAGAAGAACCCCCCGAGGCCGAGGGCCACCUCUGCUGGUGGCCACUGGUUUGAUCUCAACGAUUCCAAAGUCCAGCCCAUCAAGGAGAAGGAUAUUGAGAAACAAUUCCAGGGUAAAGAGAGUGCCUACAUGCUGUUUUACCGAAAAUCCCAGUUGAAAAGACCUCCUGAAGCACGAGGAAAUCCGAGGUACCAAAUUCCUGAGCACCUCCUGGAUGAAAUGAAUGCUGCUAACACUGAGCUGCAAAAAAAGAGAGCUGAAUGUGACUCAGCCAACAAUGGCAUUGAUUUACAUCUCCAUCUGAGCUCCUGCUACAAAUUCCACAACGGGGCUUUGCAUCCCUCCCUCUCCUGGAAAGAGAGCGUGGUGGAUUUGACUAUUGACAGGAGGAAAACCCUGGGAGACCUUCGCCAGGCAGUUUUCCAGAUGUUGGACUCCUGGGAAGGAGACAUGGUUCUGAGUCUGGCCAAGCCUUUACCAGCAGGAUUACACCUCUACCAGAUGCUUGAUGGAGAUGAGCUGAGCCUGGACGGCGUUGGGGUGGCUGAUGGAACAGACAUCUUUGUGUGGAAUGGGAAAGAGGUGGGAGGCACCAGGGUGCUGGCGGGCGCCGAGCACGAGCCCGUGGUGCUGAACGUGCUGCGCCUGGCCGGGCACAACGAGGGAGGCAAGGGCCAGCACUUCACCGAGGCCCAGCACACCUUCUCCUGCAGCACCAGCCUGGGGGACCUGCACAGAGCCCUGGCUCCCUCGGGGGGAAUCGUCCUCAGGAACAGCUCUGAAGAAGAGAAAGAAGCCAAGAACUGGGAGGUUUUCCGCGAGGAAGACAUGGAGGAAACGAUCCGAAGCGUUGGUCUGAGGGACGGGUGCUCAGUGCUCAUCUUGGACAGCCACGACCAGAGCUUUGUGAACAUUUCCAGUGGCAAUCUGACAGCCUUUACCUGUGACAUCAGCUGGCUCCAAGUGAAGAACUUCUGUGGGGCAGAAGAUGAAGAGAACCAAGUUAAAAUUACUGCCACUAUUGAAACAGUGAUGUCAGAUAUCAAAAUGAAAGCAAUAAGGGAGCUUCACCUGGAGGAGGAACUUGCAAAUGAGAGCUGUCUUAGACCUGUUAGUGGGAAUGGGAAACUUUUGUCUCCAGUGCCUGAGGAUUACACUGUCAAGGAAGCAGAACUGAAGAUGGGAAGCUUGCUUGGGUUGUGCCAUGGGAAAGCUCCAACUUCCACUCAGCUCUUCCUGUACUUUAUGGUUGGGAGCGACCCAAACUCGAGCCCCGAGAUGGAGAUAGUUGUGGAGGAGACUGCCUCUGUCAGAGAGUGUCUCAAUUUAAUGCUGCAGAAAUGUGGAUUAUCAGGUGAUAACUGGCAUUUGAGAAGGCUUGACUGGUGCUAUGAAGCAGGGGAAGCACUAAGUCAGGAAAAUGCCACCCUGAAGGAACUCAAUGUGUGCAGAGGAGACACUUUGGUCAUAACGGAAGGAAAACUUCCAGAAAAGGGUUUCCUGAAAAUUCCCAUCUGGUGGCUCAGGCCUUCAAGCCAUAAGAAACAUGGAGAGAAUGCUCAGGACCAAGUGAAUGGGCUAACCUGCCAGAUGGAAGCUUUGCAGGUGUCUGCUGGGACAGCUUCCCCAGAAGCCACCCACCCAACCAUGGAGCUUUGUUAUGCUGGCAGGAUAGAAAUAGCAGGAGAAGCUUCUCUGGAGGAGCUGAAGCUGCAGGCCCUGACCUUGCCAUGCUGCCAGGAGCAGGUUGUGCCCCUGCCCUCGUUCCUCAGGGCAUGGACAGUGGACAGCAAACGCCCUGGAAAGCUCCUGAGGAACAACAAGCAGAGACUCAAUGACUACAAGUUGGGUGCCAGUGUGGGAAUCUGCAUAGAACCUCUGCAAAAAGAGGAGAAUUUGGGCCCCCAUGAGCUGCUGCUGCGAGUCCAGAUGGGAAUUCCAGGAGAAAGGGACUACUCUGACUGCAGGGAUUUGGUGUGGGACAUCUCCAAGGAAUGCACCACCUGGGCACUGAGGCAGAGAGUGGCCUCUCACUACUGUCUCCCUGUGGAGAAAAUCGAAAUAGCCAAAUACUUCCCGGAGAGAUUCGAGUGGCUGCCAAUAUCCAGCUGGACACAGCAAAUUUCCAAGAGGAAAAGGAGGAAAAAGCAGGAGAGUUUGCAGUCAGCACCUUAUCACCUGAGGGAUGGAGACAUCAUUGGGGUGAAGAACCUUCUCCUUGAUGACACCAAGGACUUCAGCACCGUGAGAGAUGACAUUGGGAAAGAGAAGCAAAGGCAGCUGGCCCUGGAAAAAAAGAAAAGUCGCCAAGCCAGGAGUGUCCAGGAGCCCUUUUUCCUGGAGGAGAAGCUGCCCACAAAGCCCCGGAAACCAGAAGUGGCUCUUUCCAUCAAUGUGGGGGUUUUCAGAUAGCACAGGAGAGGCUUUGCUCACCACAACACACUGUAUCCAUCUACCUACAUGGAGCAGCCAGAGGGGCUUUCCCAAAGUGCCCUCAAGAAUCCCGGAGCCAAACUGGGGGUAGGAUUCAGGAUAACUCGGACUUUUCUCUGCUCUCUCUUGGGGAAGUGCUUUAGUGUCCCUUUCUCCAUGUGGUACCUACUCUCAGGCUGGGUAAAUGCACUUUAUCUAGGAGGAAAUGGAGUAAUAUAUUCAAUAAUAUUGCUGAGUCUUUUGUAUUCUCCCUAAAUGGAUUUUUUUGGGGCAGGUCUGACACGUUGCACCAUCACUACUGAGUUUUAAUCCUGUCAGAAUCAUCUCUCUGUAGAAUUUCUUUUUUUUCCCAUCCCUCAUCACUGAAGUUACUGCCAAUACCAGAAUUUGCUUUUCUCUCUUUAUAUGUAAACCUAAGUCUGUAGGAGCUGGAGCCAGACUUGAGGAAUGAAGGAAACAUGGAAAUCUCUGAACAAAGUGUACAAAACGGGCUGAAAAAAGGGCAAAUUCAGGAUCUGUCAAGAUGUAAAACCCAGAGGGCUUCUGUGACCUGGAACAAGAGUGUGGUACUCUUACAGUUUGAAAUUUCCAGGGCUUUUUUUUGUUGCCACUAAAUUGAAUUUUGCAGUUUCUAGGACUUUUUUGUUGUCCAUAAGUUUCGUUAACAGACAAAACGGUUGGAAAGAAUUGACAGAUCCAAUGUUUUGGUGUUAAGUGGGUUUUACUGUACUCAGGAAAAGGGCUUGUAUUUAUUUUCUGUGCUCUUUUUUCAGAGGAAUUUCCCUCAUUUCUCAUCUUUCCAGUUGUUCUAACACUCUGUUACAUUUGCCAUGUUUCUCUCGGUGUCACAGGGCUGAGGUGGAGCCUCUGUCUGACAUCAGGUUCUGAAGUAUUAAGAUCAAAAGUAAGCCUGAUUAUCCCUAAUUAAUAAUAAUGAGAGGACAAAAUACAAGUUGCUUUUGGGAACUGCAGCAAAUAUUUGACAGUGGAGGAGAUUUUGUAGCAGGAGCUGCCAGUUCAGCAGACUCCUAAAAUUUUACCUAAGGUGGGAUUUUUCCUGUACCUUUUAGAGGUUAAGAAUAUUCUGGUAUUUCAGACAGCUGAAAGAUAAAAACUGACGCUCAGAUAUCAGCAAAAAAGAAGUGAAAAGUGCCACAAAGCACACAAAGCACAUGAUUAGUAUUUAUUUAUUUCUGUGCAUAUCUUUAAAAUUCAACUUCUGUGUUUUUUGGGGGUCGAUCACUCCAGAAGGGGCUCUUUAAUGUCCUUGAAUUCACUUGAAUCCUGAAAUCCUGGUUUCAUGGGUAGGUUUCCUGCCUGAGGUGAGGGCAGCUGAUGCUUUCCUAUCUUGUUUUGUCGCCUUCUUCCAAAUCAAGUGUUCUUGGGAGCCCAUGUUUCCAGGAGGGAUCCAGGUGCUGAUUGGAAAGCUUUGUGUUUCCAGGUGGUUCCACUGCAUUGCACUUCUCUGCUGUCCCUUUAGUGCCUCCAGCUCUUGCUGGAGAGCUGGACUGAGCUCAGCCUUCCCCCUUUGAGAACUCUGCUUUCUCCCGGAGAACACCGAGGUUGGAGAAACUGAAGUGGGAAUUCCAAGAGGGGAUUUUGUGCCUUUGUUCAAGUGUGAUGUAGCAGCACCUGCACUGAACCAAUCUUGGAUUAUUUUUCAUAUUGGCUCAAAAAUGCAUAUUUUUUUUUUUCCUUAAAACUCUCGUGGGUCAUUCCACAAGGAGAGAGUUUGUGGAAAAUGGGGGGGUAGGGAGAGGGAACCCCUUUGGAAAAUGGAGUCUUUGUGAUUCCGUGGGUUAUGAUGGUUAUAUUGCAAAGCCUGGAAAAGCUUUCAUCUUUGUUUUUCAAGUGUUCUUCACAAAAUAAAAUGUCAUUUCUAGAUGCUUA